AUUCGUUUCUAACGAUCCAACAUCGACUGAACUCAGAAUGUCCGGAAGAGGAAAGGGAGGCAAAGGACUUGGUAAAGGAGGCGCUAAGCGUCACCGUAAAGUUCUCCGUGAUAACAUCCAGGGCAUCACCAAACCCGCCAUCCGCCGUCUGGCUCGCCGCGGUGGAGUGAAGCGUAUCUCCGGUCUGAUCUACGAGGAGACCCGCGGUGUGCUGAAGGUGUUCCUGGAGAACGUGAUCCGUGAUGCCGUCACCUACACCGAGCACGCCAAGAGGAAGACGGUGACCGCCAUGGAUGUGGUGUACGCUCUGAAGAGGCAGGGCCGCACUCUGUACGGCUUCGGAGGUUAAACCUGAUCAGGAAAAACUACAACACAACGGCUCUUUUAAGAGCCACACACUUCAUCUGAAGACACCUUU